CAGGCGGCCGGAGCUGUGCAUGCAGGCGCUGACGCACGUGAGCCACCCUCGCGCCGCCAGCUGCGGGGGCGGCUACCAGCUGCUCGAGUUCCUGGGUGAUGCGGUGCUGGGGCUGGUGGCCUCGCUGUGGGCAUUCAGGGAGGGCGGUAGCGCGGAGUCCAUGACCUGCCACCGCAGCCUGCUGGUCAGCAACGGCCCGCUGGCAGCUGCUGCGGUGCGUGCAGGGCUGCACAGCCGGCUGCGGGCGGGGGCGGGCAGCCUGACAGCGGCGGUGCAGCGGUUCGCAGCGGCGUACCAGGCUGCCCGGGCCGCCUGCGGUCCCGGCCAGGAGGUGGAGGUAACCACCGCUGAGGGCCUGCGCAAGAGCAGGCGUGCGGAGAAGCAAAAGCAGCAGCGACGCCAACAGCAGCAGCAGCAGAGCAAGAAGAAGGACAAGAGCGACAAAGACGCGCCGCAGGAACCACAGCAGCAGCAGGAACAGCAGCAGCAGCAGGGGGC